UGGCCGCCCCCAGACCGUAGAGGACGCCGCGGGCGGAGGAGGCGGCGGCAGCAGUUGCACGCCCCGCAGCCGAGCUCUUCCGUGCCACCGGGCUCCCCCUCUCUCUGCACCAGCUCCUCGCCCAGGAGCUCCCCCGACCCCCAGAGCGGGGGCGGCGGGAUCCCAGCGCCGGCUGCGGGAGUCGGCGUUCAGGCGACGGGCCCCGGGCCCCGGAGAAGCGGACGCCCGGACCCCCGUCCCGGGGGAGGAGAGGAGAGGAUCCCCGACCCGGCCACGCCGCUUCUUCCCGGGACCGGCGGCGAGAGCGGCCGAGCAUGUCCCACCAUGUCGAGCCUGGGCUCUUGGCUCGGUGAGGUCCAGUGGCCGGUCCUGGUGACGCUCUUCCUGGCCGCCUUGGCCACCGUGGGCACCUACCUGGUGCAGUAUGUCCUGGCCGCGGCGCGACCCCGGGGCAGGAGGCGCGAAGGCCCCCCGUCCGCCGACCGGCUGCGGGAAACGGACUCGCUCCUCAGCUGGGUGCUGUCCCUCAACAGCUGGACCGGCCAGUGGCGGACCGCUUGGAUCGCAGCCCUCAAUGCCGAAGCCCAGCGCCGAGAGGGCCCGCUGUUGCUCAAGUUUGAAGAGGACCAGCUUCAACCACCUUUAGAACUAGCUGUCCGACAAGUUGUGAGCAUUGUCAAGUCUGCCCAGGAGAAGGUGGUGUCUUGUAAUGUAGUAGGUGAUUCGAUCCAGUUCACUGUCAACGUGCUGCCUUCUUCCCCUGCUUUCUCAGGAGACCAAGCUUUCAGGGUGCUGCUAGCACCUUUUCAUUUGCAGUUGGAACUUAAUAUGAAAGAAAAACGGGAAGACAUCCAGAUAAAUUGGUCCUUCAUUAAUGCCCCAGAAAUGACUGUGGAAAUCCAGCCUAAAGCAGUGCAGGAGGGCAAUAUGGCUGGGACAAAUGCAGUGUCUGAAACCCUUAAAGACAUUUUGAAAAAUCUGGUCAGCUCAGUCUCCCCAUCAGUGGUUUUGAGUACCAAACCUACAGAUGUGAGGGAUGUACAGGCUCCCCACCACACAGCACCCAUCCCCCAAGGCACCUGCCCCCCUAAGCCCCCAAGGGCUCAUGAACUAAAACUGCGGGUAAAGAACAUCCAAGCCAGGCUGCUGGCCGAAGUCAGGACUGCAGGUAGCAUUAACCCAGUGUGCAUAACUCAGCUAAAUGAUCCUCUGCAGAAGUUCUCCAGCUCUGUAGCCAAAAAUACCACAAACCUCUCUUGGGAUGAGGAGUUCACCUUUGAAUUAAAUGCCAAAUCAAAGGAGUUACAACUGCAUAUUUCAGAAGAUGGGAAGUCCUCAGAAGGUCCGUUCUUUGCUCUGGCAACCAUUCCUCUGGAUUUGUUCAAGAAACAGCCUUCUGGACCCCAGAGCUUUGCCCUGAUCAACGUGUCUGGCGACAAAAGCCCCGUUUUGGGAUCGGUCACUGCCGAGUUCUCUUAUAUAGAACCCAACGAGUCAAAGUCCUGGCAAGGUCCUUUCCCUAUUCCUGCUGCAAAAGUAGAAAAGGACCGGACAGUAAUGCCCUGUGGAACUGUGGUCACUACUGUAACUGCUGUGAAAACCAAACCACGUGUGGAUCUGGGGCGGUCGUCGGCACUGAACUCUGAUUCUCCUGUGAAAACUCCCAUUAAAGUGAAGGUGAUCGAAAAAGAUAUAUCAGUCCAAGCAAUUUCUUGCCACAGUGCUCCAGUCAGUAAAACUUUAUCUUCUUCAGAUACAGAGCUUUUGGUAUUGAAUGGUUCCGAUCCAGUGGCCGAAGUAGCUAUUCGACAGCUGAGUGAAUCUUCAAAGCUGAAACUCAAGUCUCCCAGGAAGAAGAGCACUCUUAUCAUAUCAGGGGUGUCAAAGACCUCAUUAACUCAGGACAGUGAAGCUGCAUUGAUGCUGGACUAUGCGGCCACAAUGGACAGCCCAGGCCAACAGGAAGCCCCUUUUCCUCACGGGGAGGCUGUGGCCAUUGACCCUGCCGAUGAAAAACUGUCGACCCAUACUCUACCUGCCCUGGAUCCCCAGGGAAAUGAACUCAGUGACUGGGAGUCGGAGAAGGACAUCCCAUCUGGGGAGUGGAACAGUAAUAUCCAGUCAGACCAGGAUGUUGAAGAGAUGUCUGGAAGUUCGUUAAGUGUCUCUGAGCCAGGAGUUCUAAAGAAACCCAAAGGUGGAAUGUUAAGGAAGGGGGCGAAACUCUUCUUCCGACGGCGACAUCAUCAGAAGGAUCCCGGGAUGAGUCAGUCCCACAAUGACCUUGUAUUCCUCCAGCAGCCAAAUGAGGCGCAAAGAAAGGGAGCGACGCUAUCCCGGAUUUUGAAUAGGAAGAUACUUUCCAAGCACAGGAGCAAGAGUAAAUUGAACGGCACUUCUGUGGAUCCCAGUACAUAAAGCCCAGUGCUGCUGACUACUUGAACUUGCACGUCAACUGACCAGCUGUUUACAAGGCAACACUAGAAGAUGUGAACGUACAAUUCGACAGGCAUUAAUGUAACCCACUAAUGUGGUGAUCCAGGAGUAAUAAACUGCCUAAUGGGCUAACUUUGCUUUCCAAAACCAUAGUCUUCAAAAAAGAAGACAGACCAGAGCUCAAAACAGGGUUUGGCAUGGACUUUUUGAAGAUAAUGUCCAAAAAGCCUGGAGGCCAACAAUGUUCAAUGAGAACUUAUUCCCUACCAAAAAUUUAAUUUUGUGAUCGUGAUGGAGCAAAGAGGGGUUUGAUUUUUUUUUUUAAGCUAAGGAUAUAAUCUUACUGUAUCUAAUCUGAUUUUGAAGAGUCAGCAUUGACCCAAAUGUAAACUCUGAGAAGUGCUGCGUGUUAGAUAUCUGGACCCUAACAUAAGGAGGUGGCAGGUCUCUGGGGCUAUGCAUUUCUGCCCUGUUGGAAUUGGUUUAUCAUAUGGGAGAGGGAGAGGUGGGGAGAGAGAGAGAGACCUUUAGUGAAGAAAAAAAGGGGCUGAUAAAAAGAUGUCCAGAAACAAUAAAAAUGGGAAUAUAGAUUGGCGAUUUGAUAUAGUAGGCAAAAUGUAGAAGGAGAUUUGCCUUUGAUAUUAGCCAUAACUUAAACUUGAUAAAUUAUGCAAUUACUUAAUACUCUAUGCAUAUAGGAUACUAAACAUCUUUUUCUAGGUUUACUUUGAGCCUACUUGCAAAUGAAAAGCAUUUAAGAGUUCUUAGUAUUUUUACAUUUUUCUCUACUGUAUCAAAAGCUAUACUGCCAAUGCAGUAGUUAAAUUCACAUAGAAUACUUGUCAAGCCAAUGUCCUAACAAGUCUAUCAUAAUUGAAGCUACGAGCAAUAAUACAUAUUUAAUUCAGCAUGUUAUCCCUAUGUAGGUAACUCUUCAUUAGCCCAUAGUUCAUUUGCCAGACAUUACCAAAAGCCACAAACUGAGUAGUUUGGAGAACACUUAACAUCAUUUUGUCUCACAGAUAAUAGCCUUUUAAAAAAAAAUCAUUUUGGUAAAAAUUAAAAUUUUCACUUCUGUCCAUGAAUUUCUGGUAUCUCCUCUCAAACUCCAGCUUUGAUGUUGAGAACACUUUAGUGGAUUUAAAUUUUUUUUCCAGAGCUAGUGAGUAUCUUGUAAUCAGGACCCAGAAUUUCAAUAUUUACAAAUAUUUUGUAGCCUAGAUGCCUAUCUCUUAGUAUUUUUAAAUUUCUUUUUUUAAUCUAACUUUAUUUAAAAUACGCCUAGAGGUUAAAAAAACACCAUACAGUUCUUCUAUUGACAUGUUCAGUAAAGACAAAUGACCAGAGUUUUAAGUUAAAGGAUUGUGACUGUUUAGUAUGGUUCUGAUAUCUUUCUCAAUAAUUAAAAAGACAUUACUGGGAAAUAUUUUUUUUUUAAUUAAAUCAAGUACUUGAGUUAGAAAAGAUGAGCUCUGGGGUACCACCAAAUACACUUAGUUAAAAUGGGCUUCUGGUCCAUACCCAUCUUCUAUAUUCCAUAAAUAACCAGAGGAAAGAGCAAGAGAAGGGUAUCGAUUAGCAGAAAUUUUCUAUGAACAAAUAAAAAUUGUAGCUAAUUUUUUAUAACAAAUAUUCUGCAUUUUUGAAAAAUAUAUAUUUAUGAAAAUAUUGGGUUCACUACCUUGUCACUCUACAGUAUCCUCCAAGACACCGUACCCUAAAUCAACCUAAGACACUACAGAUGUCUCAUGAUAAAUUAUAAUGCAUAAGGAUCCCUCACUGGGAAAUCGGCCAUUUCCGACCUCCCCCCACCACCAAGUGAGAAGUUAGGAUUCAGUACUUAUUUCUUUGCUUUAUUGUAUCCUCGCUACCAACAUAUCUUCUAAACUGCCAUUAACUGGUAUGAGAGAGAACUUGAAUCAGAAAAGGUAAAUUAAACCAAAUGAUCCUUUAAGAAUCAACAGCUAAUAUUUGAACACCAAAGACAAUUUUAGCCAAAAUUUUACAUCUUGCCUUUCAAGCCUUAACGUGGGAUCCCGAAACACUCUAGAGUGAAAGCACAUCAGAUUGAGUUUUGGAGGAUAGGCUUUUGGCUUUUAUUUUCUAGGUAUUAAAAUGAAAAUAAUUAAGUUGUCUAUAUGCAGGGCUUAUUGGUCCUAAGGAAUCUCAAGGGUCAGAUAAAUUGCUUGAGUUGUAGUACGCACACCGUAUUUGCCAACAUGUGCACAAAGCCAAUUCCCACAUCGGGGUCAUAUCCAGUUGAUAGACAUCUAAAAUGUGGAGUAAAAACAUACUUUGCAUUCAAAAUUGACUGGGCACCUUCCCUACUUCUUUUGCACCUCUUUGCUACUGUGUUAUUAUCCUUCACAAAUAACUACUUCUUAUUUUUUCCUGACUUUUUUUGUACUACUAACAAUUUCAGGAGCUACUGAAUGCCCCUUGUGCUGCCCUGAUUUUUCAUCCUACUUGUUAGCCUGUACGUACCACAUUCCAUUAGGCUCAGAAGGGUGUUUGUAUAAAUGGUUAGCACUUGAGGUAUUCCCAAAGUAUCCUGCUAUUUUUUUUUUUUUGGAACCCUACUGAAAGUCCCUUCCCCCCGCCCACUUGACUUAAAAGAAGUUUUGAACUAUGUUUUUCCAACACCCAUCUCCCCCUAUAAUGUUUUAGACCGAGUCCCAUGACAAACGGGAACUGUGUCCAAGCUGAGUACUCUUGAAUUUAUCCCAGCACUUAGCACAGCGCUUGGCACAUAGCAAGCUCUUAAUAAGUAACAUCAUUAUGUGAGAUGCUUCCUUUAAUGUUGAGUCCUGGAGCCACUUUGGUUUACGUUUUGGGGAAUCAUCCGAAAGAUUCUCUGUGUGCAGGAUGACAGGGCUCCCAUAUUGAUACUGUGAAUAUUUGUCUACAUCGAGUCGUUACCCUAUUAGGAGAUUUGCUGUCUCUGGAGGGGUUUGUGUGUAUGUAUAGUUGAAGCUAAGUUGGAAAUGGGAUUAUACAUCAAAACUUUAAAUACUAAUCGAUCACAUUUUUUCAUGUGCUUCUCUUGGCUUUGUAAGCCUUUUUGAAGAGGCUUAAAAGAAUUUUUUGGGUUCUAGGAAUUAGUCAAGCAUUGUAUUUGUGUUCUUCCCAUAAUGUUUCCAUCCUUGUGUAUCCAAAGGGAGUGUGGUGCGCACAUGUUUUAAUGGGCUGAUAACCCUGUUGUGUAAUGUUUACUUUGUUUAAUGUCUUUCUCUUGGAGGGGGAGGAGGACACAUUGUCCUCAGAACAGUUUCACUGAGUUGGUGAUCUACUGAUGCAGAAAGAUGUUAAAGGAAUACCCUAUCUCACUGCUUAAAGUGAAGAUUUUUACAGGGCUUAGAUGGGGCAGCUGAUUGGAGAUGGGUUGUAGAGCACGGCAUCGUACACAUCAGUCCCAACUCAAACCCAGUCCGUUCGAAGUGACAGAAAGCAUUCUUGUGAUCGUCACUUGUAAAAUGGCUGGCUCUUGAUUUAUUUGGUUUCAACAGGUGCUCACUUCCCACUUUGUGUAAGCACCUCAUCUGAACUGGUUUUGGACUCAUAAUUUGCCUCUAAUUCCUCUGGGAAUGAAGGGUCUGAGUUUUUCAGUUAGGCCUAUACAGUGGCUGAAACCCUGGUCUCAUUGGCUUCUCCCUCAUCUUGCUCAAAAAGAGUGGGUUUAUGUUUUUCAAAGUCAUAUGGAGUUAGAUGGUUAAGAGAUGAAGAUGACAGGAAACGAUGACUGCAAGCUGAACAUCUUUAAAUCUGAGCUAGAACUAUUAGCACCCAGCCAGUGCUGAGACCUCCAAACCAACCAGGGUAUUAGAGUGACCGACAGGGCCAUUCCAGAUUUUUUUUUGCAAAGAAAACUCAGGUUACCUUCAUUUAAUUUUUCUCCACUUUUCUGCUCAAGUGGAAGGGGGAGAGGGGAGAUACUAAUAAUGUGGUAGGACUGUUCCAUAUGGUGGCAUGACUCCUAAUGCAUUCAGGAACAUACCACUGAUAGGUUUAUUAGCCUGUGGCUUUUUCCAGGUCACUUCCACAACCUUCCAAGUUUGCUGAGAGUGUGCAAUGGCUUGAUAAUCAAGUUUUGAGAAAACUUGUCUACUGAUUGUAAUCCUCUACAGCACUUUUAUUCACAGCCGUUCACUAAAUUGGGUGCAGUUACGAUCUGCAUGGAUUUACUAGUAUAAAUAUGGAUGGGAAGCAUGAAAGAGCUUUUUAAUAAAAGUAUACAUGAAAUCUUAA